CGUGUGAGAAGAAGCGGUGAAAAGUAUAGUUUGUAAUUUUACGUGUUUUCUAGUUAAAUAAACAUAUAGUAGUGUAUAUUAGAUACUAUCAACGUUUAUGUGUAUAUUCUAGUGUAUUUAUUAUUGGAUUAUAAAGCGCCAGUGCGAAUUUUAUAAAAGUUGGUCCUGUGCAUUAUGUGCCUAGACCAGGUUCCAAUUUCCAAAAACGAACCAACAUGAGUCAAAGGGAUGAAGUACAAAAAUUUGAGCAGGGCCGAAUUAGGGUCCUGCAGGAAGAACGUCUACACAUUCAGAAGAAAACGUUCACGAAAUGGAUGAACUCAUUUUUACAAAAAGCUCGGAUGGAAGUAGAAGACCUAUUUGUCGAUUUAGCAGAUGGCAGGAAGUUACUAAAACUUUUGGAAGUAAUAUCAGGUGAGAAAUUAGCCAAACCUAACAAUGGAAAGAUGCGGGUACAUAAAAUUGAAAAUGUCAAUAAAAGUUUGGCAUUUCUACAUACCAAGGUUAGGCUAGAAAGUAUAGGCGCAGAGGAUAUCGUUGAUGGAAAUCCUAGACUUAUUUUAGGUCUAAUUUGGACAAUUAUUUUAAGGUUUCAAAUUCAAGAAAUUGAAAUUGACGUGGAUGAAGAAAAUGAAAGUUCAGAAAAAAAAUCAGCCAAAGAUGCCUUGUUACUGUGGGCUCAACGUAAAACUCAUGGUUACCCUGGUGUACACAUAAAUGACUUCUCAUCUUCUUGGCGAAGUGGUUUGGGUUUCAAUGCCCUUAUCCAUGCACACAGGCCUGACCUGUUUGACUAUACUGGUUUACCAAAUAAUAAAAAUAUUGAUAACUUAAACCAUGCUUUCGAUGUCGCUAAUAAUGAAUUAGGUAUACCUCGACUAUUAGAUGCUGAGGAUAUUGAUACUUCUAGACCAGAUGAAAAGAGUAUUAUGACUUACGUUGCUUCAUAUUAUCACACAUUUGCUCGCAUGAAGAAUGAGGAAAAAUCAGGAAGACGUAUUGCAAAAAUUAUAAAUCAAAUGGUGGAGUCAGACAAAAUGAAAAUUGAUUAUGACAGACUAACAACAGAUUUACUUGACUGGAUUAACCUGAAAAUAGUAGAACUAGAAGAUAGAAAUUUCCCAAAUGCAUUAGAAGGUAUUCAAAGCCUUCUUCUAGCUUUCGGAUAUUAUAGAACCCAAGAAAAACCUCCGAAAUAUAAAGAACGGAGUGAAAUUGAGGCAUUAUUUUUUAAUAUCAACACCCAGCUGAAAGAACUUAGACAGCCAGCAUUUAACCCCACUGAUGGAAAAUUAGUACAGGAUAUAGAAAGAGCUUGGAAUACACUGGAAAAAGCAGAACAUAAUCGUGAAGUUGCAUUGAGGAGCGAAUUACUGAGACAACAAAGACUAGAACAGCUAAUGUACAAAUUUGAAAAGAAGAGUAUAUUAAGAGAAGGUUACUUAAAAGAAAUGAUACAAGUUCUAUCGGAUCCUAGGUAUGGAUCAAAUCUGGCCCAAGUGGAUGCAACAGUAAAAAAACAUGAAGCUAUUAGUGCUGAUAUUUUGGCUAGAGAAGAACGUGUGCAUGAUUUGACGCAAAUGGCGAAUGAACUUGUUAACGAAAACUAUCGCAACGCUGAAAGAGUUAAAUCUAGAGAAGCAGAAAUAUUGAGACAAUGGGAAGAACUGAAGAGACUGUUGGAAAAACACAAGGGUAAUUUGGGUAGAAUGGGCAAUGUGAUGUCAAUUCUUCGUGAAAUUGAUACGACUCUUAACAGUAUCGAGCAAUUAAAGGCUGAUAUGUCCUCCCACGAUACUGGUAUACAUUUAAUGGGUGUCGAAGAAUUGCUGCAUAAACAUGCUCUGCAAGAAUUACAAGUUUCUGCCUUAGGAGAAACGGAACGAAAAUUACACAGGCUAGGUGAGCAACUUGCUGCACAGAAUCCAAAAGAAGAAGAAAUUUUGAAGAAGAAACUGAACGAUUUAUCGAAUGCCUAUGCCCAAUUAAAAGAGGCAAGUGCAAAAAGGAAAGCGGUCUUGGAAGAGGCGAGAAACUUUUAUCAGUUUUUACAAGAUCAAGAGGAAGAAGAGGCAUGGUUAAUAGAAAAACAAAGGAUUUGUCAAGCUGGUAUUACAGCCAAAGAUUUACGAGGUGUUUUAUCUCUACAACAGAAACAUAAAGCACUAAUGGGAGAGAUUAAAGCCAGAAAACAUAAAUUUGAUCAGUUAGGUCAAACCAGCAAGCAACUAAUAUCAGAAAAGCAUCCAAGAUCUGCUGAAAUUCAGCAGCAUAUUGACAAAAAUAAAAGAGAAUGGGCUACCCUUGAAAAGUUAGCUGAGGAGAGAGCUAAACAACUGCAGGAUGCAGCAGAAGCAUAUCAAUUCUACGCUGAUGCAAAUGAAGCAGAUUCUUGGUUGAACGAAAAGACCUCUAUUCUUGCAUCAAGUGAUUAUGGAACAGACGAACCAAGUGCCCAAGCUCUGUUUCAAAGACAUAAAGACUUGGAGGGAGAAUUAAAUGCAUAUCAUGGUGACAUACACAGUCUAAAUACACAAGCAGAAAGACUAAUAGCAGCAGGAAUUUCUCAUUUGGAUUUGAAUGCUGAACCAGAAGUAGCUGAACCCGUUGAAGAAGUACAGUACGAAUAUAGGAUGGUCCCCACAGAAGUUUGGGUUGACGAACCAGUAGAAAGAACAGAAUACCGAACUAUAGUUGAAGAAAAGAAAGUGCCACAAGUGAGAGCACUAUAUCCAUUCAACGACCAUGGCCUGAGCAUGGUCAAAGGAGAAGUCAUGUUCUUACUUAAUAAAAGCAAUCCUGAUUGGUGGUGUGUUCGUAAAGCGGACGGGAAGGACGGAUUUGCUCCUGCGAAUUAUGUUGCAGAAAUAGAACCAAGAAUUAUACAUAUAAAUGUUAGAAAACCCGAAACAGUGAAGGGCAUUCAAAGGGUUAAAAAAACAAAGAUGGUUAAAACUAAAAUACCUAUUACCUUUGGUAGACAACCUACCAAACCAAUUAAAAGGAAAGUCGAUGAUAGUGAUAGCGUGCCGAAGAGACAGAAAAAAAUAAAUGACACAUAUAAUCAAUUGAUAGAUCUGGCAGCUAAAAGACGUGCUCUAUUAGAAGAUGCCAUCAAAUUGUUUACAUUUUACCGGGAGUGUGACGAUUUUGAAAAAUGGAUUAAAGAUAAGGAAAAAAUUUUGUCUUUGGAUGAUCCCAAUGACAAUGUCGAUCAAGCUAAAAGAAAAUAUGAGAAAUUUGUUACGGACCUUUCCGCAAGUAACAAGCGUAUGGAACAAUUAGAUGCAGAUGCGGAAGAAUUUGAAAAACAGAACCAUUCCCAAAUUGAUAAAGUAAGAGCUAGACAUCGACAAGUUCAAGCUGCCUGGCGCAGGUUAAAUAAACUAAAGGCAUUAAAAGAAAAAAGCCUGGAAGGUGCUAGUAGUGUGGAAUUAUUCAACAAAUUAUGCGAAGAAGCGAAAGACUGGAUGCUAGAAAAGAUGAUGCAAUUAGAUGCAGCUGUAUUAGGCCACGAUUUAAAAACUGUACAGGCUCUACAGAGAAGACACGACAACUUAGAAAGAGAACUUGCUCCAGUCGAAGAAAAAGUAAAUAAAGUAAAUCUUUUAGCAAACUCCGUAAAGUCUGCUUAUCCAAAUGAGAGACAAAAUGUGGCUCGUAAACAGAAAGAAAUCGAUGAUUUAUGGCAACAAGUUAAAGAUAAAGCUACAGAACGUCGUGCUAGGUUGGAAGAUGCUGUAGGUCAACAAAUAUUCACUAACAGUGCCAGGCAUUUACUGAGGUGGGUUGCUGAUGUUAAAGAUCAACUUAAUGCUGAUAAUAUGGUUAGAGAUGUACAGACUGCUCAAGCUCUGCUAAAGAACCACCAAGAUCUUGCACACGAUAUCAAAUCAAAAGAUGACGAAUUCAAACAAAUAAUUGCUCUUGGAAAUAAACUCUUGAAAUCAAAUCCAGGAUUAAACGAUGUAAAAGACAACAUUGAAAGGUUGAUAGCAGAACAGGCUGCCAUUGCAAGGGGAUGGAAAGAAAAGCAACAUUGGCUGCAGCAGUGCUUGCAAUUGCAACUAUUUAACAAAGAAGCUGACAAUAUCGAUGCUGUUACUUCAGCUCAUGAAGCUUUCUUAGAAUUUUCAGAUCUAGGGAAUUCCUUGGAUGAAGUUGAAGCUUUGCAAAAACAACACAGAGCUUUUGCUAACACUUUGUCAGCUCAAGACGAAGGUCUAAGCGCAUUUAGUAAGAAAGCAGAUGCUUUAAUUGCCGAUCAACAUUAUGACAGUCAAGGAAUUGAGGACAAACGCAACCAAGUAUUACACAGACGACAGGCAGUUAAAGCUGCUUCCCAGCAAAGAGCCAAUGUUCUAGAUGCUUCCAAGAACUUUCAAGAAUUUUGUGCAGAGGUUCACGAUCUCCGAGUUUGGAUGACAGAAAAGCUAAAAACCGCAUCAGACGAAAGCUAUCGUGAUUUAACCAAUCUUGAAAGGAAACUACAAAAACAUGAAGCGUUUGAAAGAGAACUGAGAGCAAAUGAGGGCCAGCUGAGAACUGUCAACAAGUUGGGAAUGGCUCUAAUAGCCCAAGACAGCUAUCGCAAGAAAGAUGUAGAACAAACUUUGAAGGAAUUAAACAAUGAAUGGCAAAAUCUCGUUGACAUUUCGUUAGAAAAGGGAAGACGAUUGAGACAAGCAGUUACUCAGCAUGGCUACAACACUUCCAUUGAAGAUGUAAAUACAAGAUUAGAUGAAAUAGACGAAAGUCUAAGAAGUACGAAUGUUGGUACUGAUUUGAGAUCGUGUAAACAGUUGCUUAAGAGACACGAUGUUUUAGAAAAUGAAUUGAGUCAGUGCGCUAAUCGUGUUGACGAUCUUGUGGGACAAAGCAAUAAUCUAAGUGACGAGGGGCAUUUCGAUUCUGAUGGUAUAAAAAGGAAUGUUUUAGCCAGCCAUCAGAGACUGAACGACUUGUAUAAGCCUGCACAAAAAAGAAGAGAAGAUCUAGAAGAGGCACUCGAGUUUUAUAAAUUUAACUUUGAGUUAGAUGCAGAACUGCAGUGGAUAAAAGAACAUUUACCUCUUGCGUCUUCAGACGAAUUGGGACAAAACUUGCAUCAAGCGCAAAAUUUACACAAGAAACAUAAGAAAUUGGAAGCCGAAAUUGUCGGACAUCAGCCAGUUAUAGAUAAAACUUUAGACAUUGGUCAUAAUUUGAUUGAUCAGAACCAUCCUGAAAAACAGAAGAUUCAACAACUUUGUAAUACACUUCGUGCAGCAUGGGCGGACCUCGAAGAAAAAGCUAACCAACGCGCCCUGAAACUUGACCUCUCGCUUAAAGCUCAACAGUACUUCUUUGAAGCAAAUGAAGUCGAGUCUUGGUUGAAUGAGAGGGGAGAUAUUUUGGCCAGCUCUGAUUAUGGACGAGAUAGAGAUUCAGCUACAAAACUUCUAACGAAACACAAGGGUUUGGAAUUGGAAUUAGAUACCUACAAUAAUAUAAUAUCUGAAAUGGGCCACGGUGCCCAAGCUAUGAUUAAAUCAGGACAUCCAGAUUCUAAAUUAAUUGCUGAAAGACAAUCCAGCUUAGAACACCUUGUCAGAUUGCUGCAAAGGAAAGCGGCUAUUAGACAACAUCGCUUAAUGGAAUCUCUCUUCCGCCAUGAAUACUUUGUGGAAUCUGAAGAAUUAGAAAGGUGGAUUGCUGACAAUCUUCAGCAAGCCUCGUCUGAAGAUUACGGUCAAGACUAUGAACAUUUAAUUCUACUGAAGGCCAAAUUUGACGAUUUCAAACACAGGAUUGAGGCGGGAUCAGAGAGAUAUAAACAGUGUGAAGAUUUAGCACAGAAACUGAUUUCAAAUGACAGCCCAUACAGCUCUGAUAUCCAGAAGAAACAACUUCAGUUAGAAAACGAAGCACCUUCCGAAGCUUGCCAGGAAGUUAUGGAAAAACAUCAACAUAUACGGCAAGCAUGGGAAAAUCUUCAUGAUCAAAUAAACACUAGAGAACAAAGACUAAAUGCAGCUGGAGAAAUUCACAGGUUCCACAGAGAUAUAGCAGAUGCUCUACAGAGAAUUCAAGAAAAGAAUGCCGCACUUGGCACCGACCUCGGUCGUGACUUAAACUCAGCUUUGACAUUAUUAAGAAAACACGAAGCUUUUGAAAAUGAACUGGUCGUUUUAGAAGCACAGUUGCAAGUCCUUGUGGAAGACGCUUCAAGAUUACAAAAAAUGUAUCCCAGCAAUAAAAACAAAAUUCAGCAGCAACAAGAAUUAGUCGUGGAUGCUUGGAACGGUUUGAAAGAAAGGGCAGAACUAAGAAGAGACCAGUUACAAGCUAGUGUAGAUCUACAGAAGUUCCUAACCCAAGUGCGGGAUUUAACAAACUGGGCAACAAGUUUAAGGCUAGCCAUGAGCGCAGAGGAAAAUGUAAGAAGCGCUGCUAGGGCACAAGUACUAAAGAGUGAACAUGAAGCCCUUAAAGGAGAAAUAGAAGCGAGAGAAGUCAAUUUCCAAGAUGUUGCUGAAAACCUUGCAGCAAUGGAACAAACUGGUCACUAUGCAGCAACUGAAGCAUUGGAGAGAUAUAAAAACCUGAUACAGGAGAGGGAAAAACUCCACACCGCUUGGCAACUUAAAAAAAUUCAUCUCGAUCAGUUAUGUGACCUUCACAUGUUCCUGAGAGAAGCUAAAAUUAUAGAAGAUGCUACAAAUGCUCAGGAAGCUGCCUUGAGUAAUAUGGUAAUCUGUGAAACUGUAGACGAAGUAGCAAACUUGUUAAAGAAGCACGAAGCCUUUGAAAAAGUAAUGAAUCAUCAAGACAAAAAUUUGGAAGCUUUAAUAGUAUCUGGAAAUAAAUUAUUGAAUCAAGAUCACUUCGAAAGUGAACAGAUAGCUAGGAAGUUGGCAGAUAUCCAGCAAAAACGUAUCCGUGUUCACCAUUUGUGUGCCCAGAAGAAACAGUUACUUACGGAUGGUUUACUUUAUGCCGAAUUUAUCAGAGAUGUUGGCGAGGCACAAAUCUGGAUAGCAGAAAAACAGAAAAAAUUAGAAACUGAAAUUAAGACUGGCGAAGUGACCAACUUAGAAGACAAAAUUAAAAAGUUGCAGAAAUAUCAAGCCUUUCAAGCAGAGGUAGCUGCAAAUUCCGGAAGAAUAAAGGAAAUUAAGACUAAUGGGGACACAUUGAUAAGAAAGAACCAUAAAUCUUCUAAGGAUAUCGGAGAACAAUUAUACCAACUGGAAAAAGCAUGGAAACAUUUGAUAGAUGAAGUGACUCUUAGAGGAAAAGGAUUAGAAGAAGCUCAAGAUAUUCUUGAAUUUAAUAACCAACUUGACAAAAUUGAAUCGUGGAUUAGAGAUAAAGAGGUCAUGAUACAAGCUGGAGACACCGGUAAAGAUUAUGAACAUUGCCAAAUGUUGCAACGCAAAUUAGACGAUGUGGACAGUGACAUGAAAAUAGAUGAUACCAGAAUUAAAACUAUCAGUGCCUUAGCGAAUAAAUUAGCUAGACAGGGCCACCAUGGAGUUCAAGAAAGAGAGGGCAAUUUCAUCAAAAAAUGGCAGUCUUUGCAAGGAGCUCUUAACGAUUAUAGAAAUAAAUUAGCUGCUGCAUCAGAAAUCCACCUUUUCGAUCGUGACGUUGCAGAUACUUCUGAACGGAUUGCAGAAAAAUGUGUUGCUAUGGAAUCUGAUGAUGUUGGUAAAGAUCUAAAUGCUGUCGAAGCUUUGCUACGGAAACAGGAGGCACUUGAGAGUGAAAUAGCUGUAGUUGAAAAUAAAAUAUUGGACGAACAUCAGAAAAAUGCAUUUUAUCUUAGCCAGAAAUAUCCACACAUGGCACAACAUUUGGAAGAUAAAUUGUUGGCUCUACAAGAUCAGUUAGAUAAACUGAUGAACGCUAAGAACAAACGUAGAGAUUUAUUAGAAAAAGCUUAUGCACAAGAAAAAUUCUUGUCAGAAGUUAAGGAAAUCGAGCAGUGGGUAAACGACAUAAUUAAAAGGAUGGAGGCUCAAGAAAAACCUAAUAGCAUAGCGGAAGCGGAGGCUCAGUUGGAAUUACAUAAUGAAUUAAGGGCUGAAAUCAAUGGUCGAAACGAGCCAUUUAAGGUCCUUAUCCAUUAUGGAGAAACAUGCCCUCAAAAGGAUAAUCCAAAAAUUCAAGAAAACGUGCAAAAACUUAAAGAUUUACGAGACAAUAUCCACAAAGCUUGGGACGAACGUAAGCAGGAAUUAACACACGAGUAUGAUUUAGAAGAUUUCAAAGAACAAGCGAAACAACUGAACAGCUGGUUAGCAACAAAAGAAGCUUUCUUAAAUAACGAUGAUGUAGGUGACACGCCUAGAGCUGUUGAGGUUCUACUACGUAAACAUAAUGACUUUGAAGCUAUGCUUGAGAAGCAGUUAAUCAAAGUGGAGGAGCUGGAGGAAGUAGCCAAACGAAUUAUGUCAGAUACUAACAAGAACAAUGAGGAAGUUUCCAACAGAUUAGCGGCUAUCAUUAAUCGCAAGAACAAGCUUUUAAUGAAAGCGGAGGAACGUAAAGACACGUUAGAAAAAUCCAAGGCUCUGCAAGAAUUCUUAAGAAAUGUGAAUGACGUGGAAACUUGGUUGAGUCAAAAAUUGCAAAUUGCAGCUGAUGAAAACUACAGAGAACCAAACAAUUUACAAAAUAAGAUACAAAAACAUGCAACUUUUGAAGCUGAAGUGAUUGCGAGUGGCGAAAGAAUUCAAAAUGUAGUUGAAGAAGGAAAAGAACUGAUAUCUAUCGAUCAUUAUGCUGCUACUGAAAUAGGAAUUAGGUUAGACGAACUUGAAAAUGAUUGGAAACAUCUUCUAGAACUAUCGAAUCUUAAAAGAGACAGACUUAAUGAAGCCUACCAAGCUCUUUUAUUCAAUCGCUCUUUGGACGAAUUUGAAACUUGGCUUUUAGAAGUCGAAGGUCAAGUUAAAAGUACUGAUACUGGUAAAGAUUUAGCGACAGCUAAUAAUAUACUAAAACGUCACACCACCCUGGAAAAUGAUAUCCAGCAACAUACUGAAAAUUGUGAAAUAAUACAUGAAGGAGCAGAACAAUUUAUCAAAAGUGGCCACUUCAUGGCAGACGAAAUUGAAGCAAGAGCACAGGAUUCUAUAACUCGCUUCCAUCAGCUUAGAGAGCCUUUACAAGCUAGAAGAGAUUUACUUGAAUCAUCUACAAUGUUGCAACAGUUUACCAGGGAUGUAGAUGACGAACUUCAAUGGUUAGACGAUAGAGAACCACUUGCUGCAUCUAGAGAGUUGGGCAACAGCUUAACAGCUGUACAAAGUUUACAAAAGAAGCAUCAAGCCUUAGAAGCCGAAUUGGCUUCAAGAGAACCGAUUGUUUCCUCACUUGUAGCUCGUGCUGCUCAUUUAACGAGUGCAGAACAUCCUUCAGCAUCUAUUAUUAGUGCAAAAGCAAACGAGUUAAAGACAAAAUUGGCCCAAGUAAGAGAUUUAGCCAGUAUCAGACGUUUGAGGCUACAAGAUGCCUUGGAAGCGCAAACAUUCUAUCAAGAAGUAUCAGAAGCAGAGGCAUGGAUCAACGACAAACGUCCUUUCUUGGCGACAAAAGAAGUAGGCAAGGAUGAGGAUACGGCUCAGUCUCUCCAAAGAAAAUUAGAAGCUCUUUCAAUCGAAGUUAAAACUUUUCAGCCCACUAUUCAAAGACUGGGACAAGUUGCUGAUGCUUUAGUCGAACGAGAACAUUUUGACUCCAAUAAUAUAGCAGCUACUAAGGUUGAACUAGAAGGAGAAUUUGCCGAAUUACGAAAGUUGGUUACCGAAAGAGAAGUCCGACUCUCCGAAGCUUUACAGUACUUCGGUUUCAUUCAUGACUGUAAUGAAGUUCAGGAAUGGAUGAGAGAACAAAUGAAUAAAGCCGAUUCGGAAGAAUAUGGCAAUGACUUAGAGCAUGUCGAACUACUUAUUCAAGCAUUCGAUACAUUCCAUGCUAGCUUAAUGAACAGCGAACCGAGAGUACAGCAAUGCGUAGAAAAUGGAAACGUUAUUAUAGAAGCUAAGAGCAGUUACAGUAACGAAGUCCAACAGAAGGUUAUUGACUUGCAGAACACCUGGGAAGAUUUAGUUGAACUGGCCAAUGCACGUAAAGAAGCGUUGGCAGGGGCUAAACAAGUUCACGUAUUCGAUCGAACUGCAGAAGAAAUCAUUUCUUGGAUACAAGAAAAAGAGGCUGAUAUCAACUAUAGUCCCUACGUGCAAGAUUCAGAAGCUAUUGAACAACUAAUAAGGAAACAUCAAGCCCUUGAAACUGAAAUGAAAGCUAUUAAGGAUAAAGUGGACCUUAUAGAACAGGAAGGUGAUAGACUUAUUGCUGAAUUUCCGGAUACUAAGGAACACAUUGAUGAUAAGAGAGAAGACACUGUUAGUGCUUGGGAGGACUUACAAACUAAAGCCGAGAGAGAAAAAGAUUACCUACAACAAUCUGAACAAUUACAGUCGUACUUUGAUGAAUAUCAUGAUUUGCUUGCAUGGAUAAAUGAAAUGCUCGCGAAGAUAACAGCGCCCGAUUUGCCACAGGACAGCAUGGAGGCCGAAAUUCUAAUAGAAAGGCAUAAGGAAUACAAAAGUGAAAUUGAUGGACGUUUGCCAGUUCUCAAACAGUUUUACAAAAACGGUAACACCUUCAUUAAAGAGAAACACUAUCUAUCUCAAGAAAUCGAAGAUAAAAUAAAAAUACUACAACAAAGAAUGGAACUGUUGAUAAAUAUAUGGAAUAAGAGAAAUAUCAUUUACGAACAAAACUUGGAUGUGCAACUUUUCAAACGAGAGGCAAAUACUUUAGAAAACUGGUUGGUUGUAAGAGAGGGUAUCUUAAAAGACUCUAAAGUCGGAGAAAGCAUUCCACAAGUUGAGGAACUUAUUCGUAAACAUCGUGACUUCGAAGAAGCUGUCAAAGCACAAGAGGAUAAGUUCGACGCUCUUAAACGAAUGACACUGGUAGAAGAUGCAUUUGCCCAACAGUUGAAACAAGAAGCUCUUGCACGUAAAGCUGAAAAAGAAAGAGUGGAACUGGAAAGGUUAGAACAGAGGAAGAGACAAGAAAUGGCAAGAAUAGCCGAAAUGAGGCGACAGGAAUCUAGAGAGAGAGAUUCCAGGUAUCAUGAUAUACCAGAAGACACUGUUAAUGGUGAAACGAUUAUUACUACAGAAACUCAGAUUGUAAUUACUCCUCCGCCUGUGAAACCCAGUGUGACUCUGAGAAAAACUAAUUCAGUGGCUCAGAUGUUUGAAAGAGACAGAAUGAGGAGAGGUUCCGAUGCCUCAGUAAAAAGGGCAGAGAGUAUGAAAGUUGGACCAAGUUCCAAACCACCGAAGAGGACACCUUCAUUUACUACAAGAAGACGAGGCUCGUUAAGAUCAAAACCAGCAGAUAUAGUUUUACCGCCAGUGGAAGCAGAGGCAUUCUUGGAAAGAAAACAGUUAUUACUUCCUGGGCAAAAAAGAGCAACAAACAGGACAUGGAAGAAUUCAUACACUGUACUCUGUGGUCAGUUGCUAUGCUUCUUUAAAAACAAAGACGAUUUUGCAGCAAGUAAAGCAAGUUGUCCACCACUAAAUAUCCACAAUGCUUCGUGUACAGUAGCCGAAGACUACCAAAAACGAAAACAUACUUUCCGAUUAAUAAUUACUGACGGUUCAGAAUUCCUGUUCUCUAGUAAUUCCGAAGUAGAUAUGAUGGACUGGAUAAACAAAAUUACUUUUAGAGCUAGGUUACCUCCAAGUCAACAGUUGCUGCACUUCGAUAUUCCUAAGGACCAUAACGAUUUUGAAAUUAGUUCCCAAUCGAGUAGGACUUCAAGUCCGGAUGUGGCGGAUUCAGUACUUUUGCGGCAUGACCUUCAGUCGACUAAUGGAAGCGUAGCGUCACAUUCUCAUCGACAUACAAUGGGAGAAAGUCCACCACCUUUACCGAUGACCGAACCUCCAAAUAAUUAUAUGUCCAGGCGUUAUGCUUUCGAAAACAGUGGAAAUAUUUAUGAUGGUUUCAACCCACCCCAGAGGCAUGAUUGGCAAAAUACUUCUCAGAGACCCACAUCAAUGAAUUCACAAGACGCACCAAAAAUGUCACACAGAAUAAGAGAUCUUUUUGUUAGGAAGAAGCGCCAUACCUCACAGAUGUAGUGAAGUCCGCUUCUUGUUAGUUAGGUACCUAUAGUAUUAUGUUUGUGAAAAUUAUAUUGUUUAUACUGUAGUUUUUGUAAAUAGAAAGUAUAUAUAAUACCAAAUUUAUAUUAAAAUAGUAUU